CCUUGACAACUUGACUGAAAAAGCAGAUGCCACUCAAACACUGAAGUCAUCGUCUUUAUGCUCAACUCUAUGUCUGAAUACAAAUGUUAUACAAAUGCUGAGAGUUUAAGAACAUAUUUAUUUGGUGAGCUUCUCAAAAUCCCCGGUUAAACUGAAAAAAAAAAAAAUGGACAUUGAUGCUCUUAUUUUGCUAACCCGUGCAAUUUCCGCAUCCGUGAAGACGGACAGCGGUGCGCUUGACGAGCGGGCUCUUUGUGGGUCUGGGAGUGUGGAUGUUGGAUGUUAGAUCUUGGAUGUUCGAGCUCGGAUGUUGGAUGUUCGAGCUCGGAUGUUGGAUGUUCGAGCGGGACUUCCAGCAGCAGCACGCCGACAACAAGCACCCUCACGCCGCAGUGCAGUAGCCUCAAAGCCGCUUCUCUUCCGCUACAACAAAGGGGAACUUUUCAAGUCACACUUUUCAUUCGGGCGAGUCCGUCUUUGUAGCGAGUGGACGCCACCUUGUUCGGAGCAUGAGAACCAGCGUGGGGCGCAUCUUUACAACUUUCUAAGCCCGAUUUCCGCCUUCAUUUCUCGGCUUCACCUCCACAUUAGUCCCGGAGAGGCUGGCGGAUGUGUCAAAGACUUCCACCUUUGUUGAAAACAACAUUAAUUGCUAAGUUAGGCUGAAGAAGGAGCCAGGGGAGAAGUAGAUGGAUGUGACACUUUACCCGCCUCCUCCGCAGCCUCUGGCCGCCUCAGAGCACACCAGACUCGGGCAGCUCUCCUACCCUGAGCCGCCCUUCCGGAGCCACAAGCUGGAAGGUGAUGGAAUGUUCCUAAGCAUGCAGGAAAUGGGCGUGGACUAUGUUUCCAGCAACCAGUUCCGUGUGCCGCAGCCGCUCAGCAAGGCCACGCCCCCUAGCCCCGCCCCCCCGCCGCACUGGAGGAGGGACGACACACAGCGUCUACCUUGGUCCUACCAAAUGGGUGACGAGGACUUCCACUUUGCACCCAUCACUCCCCCGACCCUGCCGGACCACAUGCUGCCCCAGGACUCCCCCACUGGACCCUAUGGCUCCCACCCGGCCCCCCACCACCCCUACCAGCUGCAGGCUAUGAACGUCCCCGGGAUGCCCCGCAGUCAGGAUGGCGCCACCAUGCUCAACCAAGAUGGCGACACCUUCAGCCCUGACAGGGCGGCCAUGACCAGCACUCUGUCGGUGAUGCAGCAGAUGGUCAACUCCGACUCUCGCUUCGCCAGCAGCCAGCAGCCCGUCCAAGCCGCCCUGGGACCCAGGAACCAAUCAGGAGCCGGCCAGGUGUCCAGCAUCCACCAAUCACAGCUGGCCCACAACUCUCCUUCUCCUCCUGCCAGCACCUCUGCCACACCCUCACCUUCCAGCUCACCACACCUGGACCACCACGAGGAUGCAGGCCUCAGGGGUGAAUACUGA